GGAUGAAUAAAAUAAGUAAUGUAAACAGCAGUAAUUACCAGGAAGCUCUACAUUUGUUUUAAAAUUACACUAAGAUUGUUAAAACUGGCCUAAGGUUAUUGAGAGAUCUGAUUUGGGAUUUACUCUCGCAGCAAGGUUGUUUUAUCAUGUGGUUUCAUUCGGGUCUCUAUUUUAAAAUAACACUGUAUUUGGCAGGAGAAAGACCAGACUCAGAGGAACCAGAGCCAGGGACGUCCAAACCAGCAAGGCGACACAGGUGCUCCCACUGUGGAAAGAGUUGUAACCAGAAAGCACACCUGAAAGCUCAUGAGAGAAUACACACAGGGGAGAAGCCUUACCACUGCUCCCAGUGUGGAAAGCGUUUCAACCAAAAAGCAACCCUGAAACAACACGAGAGAAUACACACAGGAGAUAAGCCUUAUCACUGCUCCCAGUGUGGAAAGAGUUUUAACAAUUUAGGGAACCUGAAACAACAUGAGAGAAUACACACAGGGGAGAAGCCUUACCACUGCUCCCAGUGUGGAAAGUGUUUCAACCAGUCAAGGGAGCUGAAACAACACGAGAGAAUACACACAGGGGAGAAGCCUUACCACUGCUCCCAGUGUGGAAAGUGUUUCAACCAGUCAAGGGAGCUGAAACAACACGAGGGAAUUCACACAGGGGAAAAGCCUUACCACUGCUCCCAGUGUGGAAAGAGUUUUAACCAUUUAGGGAACUUGAAACAACAUGAGAGAAUACACACAGGGGAGAAGCCUUACCACUGCUCCCAGUGUGGACAGCGUUUCAACCAAAAAGCAACCCUGAAACAACACGAGAGAAUACACACAGGAGAGAAGCCUUAUCACUGCUCCCAGUGUGGAAAGAGUUUUAACAAUUUAGGGAACCUGAAACAACAUGAGAGAAUACACACAGGGGAGAAGGCUUACCACUGCUCCCAGUGUGGAAAGUGUUUCAACCAGUCAAGGGAGCUGAACCAACACGAGAGAAUACACACAGAGGAGAAGCCUUACCACUGCUCCCAGUGUGGAAAGUGUUUCAACCAGUCAAGGGAGCUGAAACAACACGAGAGAAUACACACAGGGGAAAAGCCUUACCACUGCUCCCAGUGUGGAAAGAGUUUUAACAAUUUAGGGAACCUGAAACAACAUGAGAGAAUACACUCAGGGGAGAAGCCUUAUCACUGCUCCCAGUGUGGAAAGAGUUUUAACAAUUUAGGGCACCUGAAACAACAUGAGAGAAUACACACAGGGGAGAAGCCUUACCACUGCUCCCAGUGUGGAAAGUGUUUUAACCAGAAAGGACACCUGAACCAACGGCACGAGAGAAUACACACGGGAGAGAAGCCUUACCACUGCUCCCAAUGUGGAAAGUGUUUCAACCAGUCGGGGGAGCUGAAACUACACGAGAGAAUACACACAGGAGAGAAGCCGUACCACUGCUCCCAAUGUGGAAAGUGUUUCAACCGGUCGGGGGAGCUGAAACGGCAUAAGAGAAUACACACGGGAGAGAAGCCUUACCACUGCUCCCAAUGUGGACAGUGUUUCAACCAGUCGGGGAAGCUGAAACAACACGAGAGAAUACACACGGGAGAGAAGCCUUAUCACUGCUCCCAAUGUGGAAAGUGUUUCAACCAGUCGGGGGAGCUGAAACGGCAUGAGAGAAUACACACGGGAGAGAAGCCUUACCACUGCUCCCAAUGUGGAAAGUGUUUCAACCAGUCGGGGCAGCUGAAACAACACGAGAGAAUACACACGGGAGAGAAGCCUUACCACUGCUCCCAAUGUGGAAAGUGUUUCAUCCAUUCGGGGGACCUGAAACGGCAUGAGAGAAUACACAAGGGAGAGAAGCCUUACCACUGCUCCCAAUGUGGGAAGUGUUUCAACCAGUCGGGGCAGCUGAAACAACACGAGAGAAUACACACGGGAGAGAAGCCUUACCACUGCUCCCAGUGUGGAAAGUGUUUCAACCAGUCGGGGGAGCUGAAACGGCAUGAGAGAAUACACACAGGGCAGAAGCCUUACCACUCCUCCCAGGGUGCAAACCAUUUGCCCAUUUAGGAAGCCUGAAAGAACACAUUAGACUGCACACAGAGGAGAAGGCUUAGAAAAGCUCAGACUGUGGGAAAACGUAUUACUCAUAACAGUCAUUAAAACAUCAUUAGAGAAUCCACACAGGAGAGAGAAAUUACUUCUCUUAGCGUGUAUGUUGAUAUUUCACAUCACAUUGACUUAAAAUUCAUCAGAGAACAUACACAGUGCUCCCGUUGUCUUAUAUUGUUGACUGACAAUGUGUUUACCUGUCUUUACCAGAUGAAAUUAAAUGGUACAGGGUAUACUCAAA